AGAAACUAAAAAACAUUAUGGCUCAAACCUCUUCUAACAAUGGCGGAACCGAUGAGGUUUUGGUGGAGGAGAGCGGAAGUGUUAGAACAUUCAUAUUAAAUAGGCCAAAGCUGUUGAAUGCACUUUCUUUUCAAAUGAUAUCUCGGCUAACAGAACUUUUCUAUGCCAGUGAAGAAGAUCCUAAUGUGAAGAUGAUAAUACUAAAGGGACAUGGAAGGGCUUUUUGUGCUGGUGGUGAUGUUUCACUUUUUUUUCAGAAACCUGGUAACUGGAAAAUCGGUGCUAAUUUUCUCCUAAAGCAGUACACCUUGAACUAUGUGAUGGCAACGUAUAGCAAAACCCAGGUUUCCAUCCUUAAUGGAAUUGUAAUGGGAGGCGGAGCUGGUGCUUCUAUACAUGGUAGAUUUCAAGUUGCAACAGAAAAGUCGGUAUUUGCUAUGCCUGAAACAGAUUUAGGACACUUUCCUGAUGUAGGUGCCUCUUACUUUUUAUCAAGACUUCCAGGAUUCUUUGGGGAAUAUGCUGGUCUUAGUGGUUCUAGGUUGGAUGGAGCUGAAAUGCUUGCUUGUGGUCUUGCAACCCACUUUGUAUCAUCGAAUAAAUUGCUACGUUUAGAACAAGCACUAGUUAAAGUCAAUUCGAGUGAUCCAGAUGCUAUAUCUGCUAUCAUAAGUUGCUUCUCCCACAUACCAAAGUUGAAAGAAGAAAGUCCUUAUCACAGGAUGAAGAUUAUUAAUCGCUGGUUCUCUCGAAGGACGAUCGAAGAAAUCAUAUCUACUCUUGAAAGUGAGGCUUUGGACAGGAAGGAUGACUGGAUCUCUUCAACCAUUCAGUCGCUGAAGAAAGCAUCCCCUACAAGCCUUAAAAUUUCCUUGAGAUCAAUAAGGGAAGGGAGGCUGCAAGGUGUUGGUAGUUGCUUUGUCCGUGAGUAUAGGAUGGUUUGUCAUGUGACGAGGAUAGAAUUUAGCAAGGAUGUUGUUGAGGGAUGCAGAUCCAUACUCAUCGACAAGGAUAGAAAUCCUAAGUGGGAGCCCUCCAGACUGGAACUAAUUUGAGAUGAUGAUGUUGAUCGUUACUUCUCCAAGAUUGAUGAUGAAGAUUGGGAAGACCUAAAGUUGCCUCCAAGAUUAGAUUUGCCUCGAUAUGCAAUUGCCAAGCUUUAAGAAUGCCUUCUGCAGAUCAUGCAAUACUCUACAGCUUGUUGCCCUCUGUUCUCUAGAUCAUUAUGAAGGUAUCAUUGAUUAUUAAAACAAUAUUAAUAUUAUUACGAAGUGGUACACCAAAUA